UAUUCAACUACCCAUCACUAUUUUGUACUGCCAUAUGCUCAGUUUUUAUCUGUCAUUUUCUCUCCCUCUCUCUCUCUCUCUCUGUUCUUUUUUAACUUUAUCGUUGGCCUGAAUUCGUCAAUUCUUGGCUAAUUGGAAAUGGUGUAAUAGAUUCUUGUCUGCAAUCUUUUCCAGCUCUUACCCAUUAAUUCUAUGGAACAACAACGAGUAGAGGUUGUUGUUGAACACAACUUCAUUUCACCACCGUCAUAUACGGUUGACGAUGCCGAAUCGGAACCAACUUCUGCCGCCCACUUGUCCAAUUGCACGACACAGGAAAUAAGCCGCACAAUAGUCUCCGAUUAUGAACUGGAUUCGGACCCCAUGGAGAAAAAUCGAGCUGAGACAUCAAGACGACUUCUUUUGUACAAAUCGGCAUUGAAGGGUGAUUGGAAAAGAGCUGAAUUAGUCCUAAAUGAUUACCCACAUUACGUUCGUUGUGCAAUAACAAGAAACAAAGAGACUGUUCUUCAUGUUGCUGCCGGAGCGAAGCAGAGUGUGUUCGUGGAGGAGUUAGUGAGUCGAAUGACCCGAAAAGACAUGGCUUUGCGAGACAAAUAUGGAAAUACUGCCCUUUGCUUUGCUGCUACAUCAAGAAUUGUCAAAAUUGCUAAACUAAUGGUGGAAAAAAAUCAUGAACUUCCUCUUAUUCGUACUUUCAGAGAAGGAACUCCACUUCUCAUUGCAGUUUCUUAUAAAAGUAGAGAUAUGAUUUCUUACCUUUUGUCUGUCACUGAUCUUAGCCAGCUAACUGCCCAAGAACGGAUUGAGCUUCUUAUUGCCACGAUCCAUAGCGAUUUUCUUGAUUUAAGCUUGUGGAUUUUGAAACUAUAUCCGGAGUUAGCGGUAAUGAAAGAUACCAAGAACAAUAAUGAAACUGCAUUACAUGUAUUGGCCAGAAAACCAUCUGCCAUGGAUAGCACAAAGCAGCUACAAAAUUUGAAAAUGCGCAUCAACUCUUGGAGAUUUAAUUCCAAACUAUUCAUAUCACCUUGGAAACUUAUUAAUGAAAUUUUGGCUUCUCUAAUUUUGCCCUCCAAUAGUAAUAAAGAUGUGACCAAAACAUUGGCUCAUCAAUUAGUUGAAUUCCUAUGGAGGUAUGUUGUAUAUGAGCUUCCACAAAAAGAGAUGCUCGAGUUUAUUAAACAUCCCACAAGUUUGCUGAAUGAUGCUGCAGGGGCAGGUAAUGUUGAGUUUUUGAUUGUGCUCAUUUGUGAAUUUCCAGAUAUUUUAUGGGGUGACGACGACAAUGACGAUAGUAAGAGUAUAUUUCAUGUAGCUGUUGAAAAUCGACUUGAGAAUGUGUUUAAUCUCAUAAAUGAGAUUGGUAAGCUCAAUGAAUUCUCAACUAAAUAUAGAACUUUCAAGGGAAAAUAUAGCAUCCUGCAUUUGGCUGGAAAUCUAGCUGCUCCAAACCAUCUUAAUAGAGUAUCAGGAGCUGCUCUUCAAAUGCAACGUGAAAUGCUUUGGUUCAAGGAAGUGGAGAAGAUAGUUUUGCCUUCUCAACUUGAAGUGAAAUCCAACGAUCCAGAUCCAUCUAUACCCAAGUUGACACCGCGCCAAUUAUUCACCGAAAAACACAAACGUCUACGUAAAGAGGGCGAAGAGUGGAUGAAAAACACAGCAAACUCAUGCAUGCUGGUCGCUACUUUGAUAUCCACUGUAGUUUUUGCUGCAGCCUUCACAGUUCCUGGUGGCAAUGAUGAUAAUACAGGAACUCCUAUUUUCCAAAAUAAGUUUUGGUUUGCAAUGUUUGUAGUGUCAGAUGCAAUUGCCUUGUUUUCGUCUUCUACGUCUAUUUUAAUGUUCUUGUCGAUAUUAACUUCACGCUAUGCAGAAGAAGAUUUCUUACACUCACUGCCCUCGAAAUUGCUGUUUGGACUCGCAUCGCUCUUCAUCUCCAUUGUGUUCAUGGCUGUAGCUUUUAGUUCUACCUUCUUUUUGAUCUACCACAACGCUAAUAUCUCCAUCCCAACCAUGGUCACGGCAAUGGCCAUUAUUCCCAUUACUUGUUUUUGUUUACUUCAGUUUACAUUGUGGAUUGAUAUUUUUCACAACACUUACUCCUCUAGAUUUCUUUUUAAUCCCAAUAAUCCACGCAAAUUGUUUUAAUUAUCAUUGCCAUCAUCUCAUAUUGUUUUUUUUUUUUUUUCCCUAAUGUUGAAGAGCUUGAUACAUUUUAAUAUUGGUUUCUUCAAUAAAAGUUAUGAUAUGGGUUUUUAUUUGUUGGGCUA